AUGGACACCACCACCCUCUCCGUAUUAGGCGUCGACGACGCGGAGCUAUCCAGAUUAUUAUCGGACGCCGGCGCGCCCCACGACGAGGUGCCUCGCUUACUAAGGAGGCUGCGCAUGUACUUUCUGCAGGGGGGCUCGGUCGACGCGCUCCUAGGAGACACCUCGAUCCUCGAGGGCUGGGGCGUCAGUCGCGGCGCGAUCGCUCUCCUAAGAGCGGUGCUUUCAGCCGCGCAACAAGCGAGGCAGCGGCACAAGCGCAAGCGCACUGAUGAUAGGACCUUUGUUGAUUCUGUCCGAGCUUCUCUAGAAAUGCUGCGCGUCGACCUCGCGUCCACGAAGGUGCCGGCGCCGCCGUCCGACAACUACGAGGACGACGCCUUCGAGUCCGACGACGAAGGCGACGGAGGUGGUGUUAAUUUGGCGAGCGUCGCGAAGAUGUCUCUUGAUGCUCCAUCGCAGUUGGUCAUACCGUCGCCGUUGCCGACGCCGGCCGUGGCCCAGACGCCGGUCAUCCGACCGCCGCCGCCACCGAGUAACUUGCCGACGCCGACGCCUCUACCUCCGGAGUCGGAGAAACGGCCACAACGCCUCUCGAUGGAACAAAAACAAAGGCUGAGCCAGGCCGCCGGCGUCCGGAGAAGAACGGCGAAGCACAUCCUGAACGGCCAGUGGAAGCUCGGGAAGUGUAUUGGGCAAGGAUCGUUCGGCUCCGUCUAUACGUGUUUAGAUUCUGUCACGGGCAAGCAUAUAGCCUGCAAGAUGAUGGCCAUCCCGACGGCGUCCGUCGCGCCCGAGGGCGCGCCUUCUAGAGGACCAACCAAAGCCGAAUCUGAGUUAAGGGCUUUAUGUUCGGAGAUCGAACUUAUGAGAAGCUUGGAGCACCCCAACAUAGUGCGGUACCUAGGCACGCACGUCGACGACCAGCAGUUGCAACUUUAUAUUUUCCAGGAGUGGGUGCCCGGUGGCUCGCUAGCAGCUCAAUCCGCACAAUAUGGCGCUCUCAGUGAAAAAGUCGUUCGUAUGUAUGCGCGCCACUUGUUGUCAGGACUCGUUUACUUGCACGAGAACCACAUCAUACAUAGAGACAUCAAGUGCGGCAACGUGCUUAUUGAUCAGCACGGCGUGGCCAAGCUCGCGGACUUUGGCGCUUCGCACCGACUAGGUGCCGACGGCACGCUAACGCGAGAUGCGAAAUUAACGAUGCGCGGCACGCCCUACUUCAUGGCGCCGGAGGUAUUAUCGCAGGACAAGUUCGGACGACGCUCGGACGUCUGGAGCUGCGGUGGAGUCAUCUUACAAAUGGCGACCACCCACCCGCCGUGGAAAUUGUUGGAGUUCAAGACGCCCAUGGCCCUCUUCUACCACGUCGCUUCGACGGAUGCUCCUCCUCCGAUCGAUUCGUAUGAGUUGUCUCCGGCGCUGAAGGCGUUGAUUUUGAGGUGCUUCGAACGCGACCCGCGGAAGCGGGCGCAUGCUUUUGAAGUGUUAGAUGAUCCGUUCUUUUGUGUCGAAGAGGAUUCCCAGGAAGUGUCGGGCGACGCCUGCGAAAAUACGGUCGAUCGCAUCACGGAGGCGGCGACGCCGCGGCCUCCAUUGCUCUCGCCGCCGCCGUCGUCGACGCGGCUGUCGGACCUGAAGCUGCGGAUGUCCCUGCGCCGGAGCGUGGCGCCGCCCUAA